ACUGAGCGAGCCCUGAGAAGCAAGUCUCAGAUCCUGACGGUGCAGCAGCCCGCAGCCUCAGCCCGGGAGUCCCAGCCGCUUUCAAUGGAGGAGAAGCCCGGCCAGCCACAGCCUCAGCACCAUCACAGCCACCACCAUCCGCACCAUCACCCCCAACAGCAGCAGCAGCAGCAGUCGCAUCACCACCACCAUUAUUAUUUCUACAACCAUAGCCACAACCACCACCACCACCACCAUCACCAGCAGCCUCACCAAUACCUGCAGCAUGGAGCCGAGGGCAGCCCCAAGGCCCAGCCAAAGCCGCUGAAACAUGAGCAGAAACACGCCCUCCAGCAGCACCAGGAAACGCCGAAGAAGAAAACAGGCUAUGGUGAAAUAAAUGGUAAUGCUGGAGAAAGAGAAAUAUCUUUAAAGAGCCUCGGUUCUGAUGAAGCCACCAACCCUAUUUCCAGGGUCCUCAAUGGCAACCAGCAAGUUGUAGACACUAGCCUGAAGCAGACUGUAAAGGCUGGCACCUUUGGAAAAGCAGGAAUUAAAGCCAAGAAUUUCAUCCAGAAAAACAAUAUGGACAAAAAGAAUGGGAAGUCUUACGAAAAGUCUGGAGAGAACCAAUCUGUAGAUAAGACCGAUAUUGCAGUGAUUCCAAAUGGUGUUGUAACAAAUAAUUCAGGCUAUAUUACUAAUGGUUAUAUGGGCAAAGGAGCAGAUAAUGAUGGUAGUGGAUCCGAGAGUGGAUAUACUACUCCUAAAAAAAGGAAAGCUAGACGCAAUAGUGCCAAGGGUUGUGAAAACCUUAAUUUAGUGCAGGACAAAAUAAUGCAACAAGAGACUAGUGUCCCAUCCUUAAAACAGGGACUUGAAACUUUCAAGCCUGACUGCAGCGACCAAAAGGGAAAUCGAGUAGAUGGUUCCAAGCCCGUUUGGAAGUAUGAAACUGGGCCUGGUGGAGCAAGUCGAGGAAAACCUGCAGUGGGUGAUAUGCUUCGCAAAAGCUCAGAUACUAAACCUGGUGUGAGCAGCAAAAAGUUUGAUGAUCGGCCCAAAGGAAAGCAUGCCUCUGCUGCUGCCUCCAAAGAGGACUCAUGGACCUUAUUUAAACCACCCCCAGUUUUUCCAGUGGACAAUAGCAGUGCUAAAAUAGUUCCUAAAAUAAGUUAUGCAAGCAAAGUUAAGGAAAACCUCAACAAAACUAUACAAAACUCUUCUGUGUCACCAUCUUCAUCUUCAUCCUCUUCGUCAUCUACUGGGGAAACUCAAACCCAAUCUUCAAGUCGGUUAUCCCAGGUCCCUAUGUCAGCGCUAAAAUCUGUUACUUCUGCCAACUUUUCUAAUGGGCCUGUUUUAGCAGGGACUGAUGCAAGUGUGUAUCCUCCAGGGGGUCAGCCACUGCUAACUACUGCUGAUAAUACUUUAACACCCAUCUCUUCUGGAACUGAUUCAGUUCUUCAGGACAUGAGUCUAACUUCAGCAGCUGUUGAACAAAUUAAGUCUAGCCUUUUUAUCUACCCUUCAAAUAUGCAAACUGUGUUGUUGAGCACAGCACAAGUCGAUCUGCCCUCUCAGACAGAUCAGCAAAACCUGGGGGAUAUCUUCCAGAAUCAGUGGGGUUUAUCAUUUAUAAAUGAGCCCAGUGCUGGCCCUGAGACUGUUAUCGGAAAGUCAUCAGAUCAUAAAGUGAUGGAGGUGACAUUUCAAGGAGAAUAUCCUGCCACUUUGGUUUCACAGGGUGCUGAAAUAAUCCCCUCAGGAACUGAGCAUCCUGUGUUUCCUAAGGCUUAUGAGCUGGAGAAACGGACUAGUCCUCAAGUUCUGGGUAGCAUUCUAAAACCUGGGACUACUAGUGAGAGUGGAGCCUUACCCUUGGAACCCAGUCAUAUAGGUGACCUGCAAAAAGCAGACACCAGUAGUCAAGGUGCUUUAGUGUUUCUCUCAAAGGACUAUGAGAUAGAAAAUCAAAAUCCUCUGGCCUCUCCUACGAACACUUUGUUAGGCUCCGCCAAAGAACAGAAAUACCAGAGAGGCCUAGAAAGGAAUGAUAGCUGGGGUUCUUUUGACCUGAGGGCUGCUAUUGUUUAUCACACUAAAGAAAUGGAAUCUAUUUGGAAUUUGCAGAAGCAAGAUCCAAAAAGGAUAAUCACUUACAAUGAAGCCAUGGAUAGUCCAGAUCAAUGAAGGACCAGACUGCCUAUUUGUAACCUUUCUGCAGCAUUAGAGCCACCGUUCAUGGGGGACACAAGGCUUUUAUGCUCCUAGAUCUUCAACGCAGCAGAGGAACCAUAAGUAGAAUCACAGGAUAAUAUAUACAAAUAUAUAUAUAUACAUAUAUAUAUAUAGUUAUUUAAAAAAGGCAACUGAAAGUAAUUAGACUUCUUAAGGAAUCAAAUUUAUUUCAAGAGACUACACAUGGUUAUUUAAUCUCCGGUACUGAAUAGUUUUUUUCUUUUUUUCUUUUGUUAGUUUUUGUUUUUAAGUGUGAAUGCAAGUGAUUAAUGAAUACAGACUUAACAAGCGUGGUUCUAAAGUUCCUGCUGUCAUCACCUUGGGCAACAAAUGACCCACUGGAAAGGCAAAUCCACUUAAGAUCUCUGUAUCUUGUUCUGUGACUAAAGUGAUACACUAAUCACGGGGAACCCAGAAUGAUUCAACAUUUCCCCCCACUCCUCCCUUUUACUUUAAACCCUGCUAGAAUGCUGGAUCAAUGCCUUGAAAUUUGCAGGGGUGUACUUUUUUUUUUUUUUUUUUUUUUUUUUAAGCGAAUAUGAUUUGCAUGUCUUGCCAGGAGUUAAGCAGCCUCUGUGGGGUGUUGGGGAAAUUUUCUUUCCUUAUAUUUUUUAUGGGGUGGGAUAGGGGAGGGCAUCGAAGUUCUACAAUUCUGGAAUAGUUGGUACAUAGUUAACUUGCUUCGGUUACAUGACUUUUAACAACUGAAGAAUCCUUGAGUGUCAUUUAAAGAAAAGUUGCAGAACAAGCAGUUGGCUUAGUUAUGAAAAAAAAUAUUCCCGUGCCCAUAUUUUAAAUGUAAUUAUAUAACUGGGAGCAAAAUAUAUUCGCUUUUCAAUUGUAGGUGCUCCAGAGUUGCUCUGUCACUAACACUAAAUGUGCAGUUUUCUUAUUUUUCAUCACAGCUAAAAGAAACUUAUGUACCUUUCUGUAAUUUCUCUUUUAAUGUCCCAACAAAAUCUAAAAGAGGAAGAAAAAAGCCCAUGAAAAUGUUCAUGUUUUUAGGGAGCGAGUAAGUAAUAAACCCUGCUUUAUAGAAGAUGUGUUUUCAUGCAAAUUAUACUUCUGAGCUUAUUAGCUUCUAAUUAUAUCUUAAUAAAUAUAUUUUAUUACUAGAGCAAAAUGGGUUUUUAAGGAAAAUAAUGUGAAAUUCUGAAAGUUUUCUUUUGGGCAGAGAAGAGCAUUAGCCCUGUCUUAUCAUCACAUUGCCAUCCUGUUGCACUGCAGCUUGUGUAUAGCAUGCUAAAAUAAAUUUUUGUGUGUGUGUGUGUGUGUGUGCAGAAACUAAGGGUCCAAUUUAAGAUUGGGUGAUGUUAGUGGCAUAAUAACAAGUUUUCUGGCCUGACAUAGCAUCACAUCACACACACAUAAACACACAGAAAUUAGUAUAUCCAUGUAUGUCAAAUACAGGUUAAAAUAGCAGGGCAUUUAUAUAGAAUUGUAGUCUUCUAAUAAAAGUAGACUGGAUCCCUUGGGGUAUUUGGGGAGAAAAUAACUACUUUUGCUCUUACCCUUUUGCUUAAAAAAAAAAAAAACAAAAAAAAAAAAA